GCAGCUAAUUCUAUGGCUGGAUCACGAUCGUGGAUAGGAGGGGUUCUUAAUCGGUUAAGCAAUAAGCGUAGCGACAAGUUUCUCGACUACCCUUUGACACCUAUUCAGGAACAAAGACUUCAAAAGCUUCAAAAACGAAUACAAAUACCUUUCGAUGAGACUCGUCCUGAUCAUCAGGAAGCUCUCAAAGAAUUGUGGCACAUUGCAUUUCCUAAUGUUGCUCUAAAAGGAUUGGUCUCGGAACAGUGGAAAGAAAUGGGAUGGCAAGGCCCUAAUCCGUCCACUGAUUUUCGGGCUUGUGGUUUUAUCUCACUGGAAAACUUGCUGUUUUACGGCCGAACAUAUCCGGCAUCUUUCCGUAGGGUUUUACUUAAACAAGACGGAACUCGAGCAACUUGGGAAUACCCUUUCGCCGUUGCCGGCAUCAAUAUAUCUUUUAUGUUGAUUCAGAUGUUGGAUUUAUAUUCAGAAAAACCAAGUAAUCUCCCCGGAUUCAAUUUCGUGAAACUAUUAGGAGAAGACGAAGAAGCCUUCGAUGUACUAUAUUGUACAGCUUUUGAAAUGGUCGAUGCGCAGUGGCUCGCGAUGCGAGCUUCCUACAUGGAAUUCAAUAAGGUUUUACAAGCAACGAGCUCGCAGCUGGAGAGAGAACUGUGUUCGGAUAAUGUUCGCAGAAUACAGGAUUUAUCGGCAUACAGCUUGUUAUACCAGUAG